AUGGGUUGCCUUUAAAUUUAAUCUUUAGAGUGCCAACUAUGUAUCCACAGUUCGUGAGUUCUACACUUUCAGCUGAUAAAGGACGGCUGAGGUGAUUCAUGUUCAUGAACAUAUGGCAAAUGUGAACGGGAACACUUGUGACCCAUUUUAUCCAAAAGAAACUUUUUAGGGUCAGAGACCCAUCAUUAAUUAGAUUUUUCCACACAAUCGUACCAUCAUAUUGACCAAACCUGAGAUAUCACCGAUGAUGAUACUUUAUCUUAUUGGUUCAUGCAAAGAGUAAAAAGGCUCAAGAGAUGCUCAAACAGUGACGAAAAUUCUCUUUAAAUCAUCAAAUUACCUGUGCGAUACAGUAAAUAAGAUGCAUUUUUAUUGGUGGGGAUGAGAUGAUAAUGAUAAUACUAGCUUAAGGGGAAACUUGAUCAUUGCUUUGAACUAUUUUAUAAGCAUUAACCUUUCCAAUUUUCAUGCAGCACACCGGUGGAACCCAUACAGUUAAAGGUCAAAGAAGGCUAAUUCCUGUAUUGCCUCGUGAAUUAUGCUAAUCCCAAGUUGAAAAAUGAAAUAGAAAAGAAAGAAUGAAAAAUGUACCAUAUAGAUUAACUCGGCUUUAUGCAAUAAAUUAAUAUAACUUAAAUGAUCAAAUUACAGCUAACUUGUUUUAGUAGCAUCCCUAGCCAGCUUCGUCCUUCUUGGCCCUACUUUCUUAUGAUGGUAUUCCACGUACCGCCGUCUUUUUCUAACCAACUCAAUUCUUAUUUUGAAUCAUAAUCAACCAAAACCUCCUCUCUCUCCCCCCUCUCUAUCGGUAUAUAUAGUACCUAAACUUGACACAAAUGCUAAAGUCCACUAAACAUACCUAAAAUAUAGGAGAUAUAAUGGCAGAUGGAAGCGUCAACCUUCCCCCUGGGUUUCACUUCUCUCCAACGGAUGAAGAACUUGUCCUUCACUUUCUUUACAGCAAAAUUUCUCUUUUACCAUGCCAUCCUAACAUCAUCCCUGAUCUUGACAUUUCUGUGUCUGAUCCUUGGGAAUUAAAAGGUAAGGCGUUGUCAAGUGGAAAUCAAUACUAUUUCUUCACCAAGGUGAACGAGAAUAGAACCACACGAAGUGGGUAUUGGAAAGAAAUAGGACUCACCGAGUCUAUUGUCUCGGCCGCCGACAAGAAAGUGGGAAUCAAGAAGUACCUCGUAUUCAACAUAGGAGAAGCCCCAGAGGGUGCUGAAACCAGCUGGAUAAUGCAGGAGUAUCAGUUUUGCUCAUCAGGGUGUAACACUACAUCACAUAGAAGUACCAGACGAAGAAGAAAACCGGAACAGAGCCAGAGCAAAUGGGCUUUAUGCCGCGUUUAUGAAAGAAACAGAGAUUCUCAACAAGAAGUGAACUGCUAUGAUGAUGACGACGACGACAGCAGAACAGAGUUGUCAUGGCUGGACGAAGUUUUUUGGUCGUUGGAUGAUGAUCUUGAAGAAAUUAACCUGACUUAUUAUUAGAAUGACGAUAUAUUUAUAUGAUAGAAAAGAACUCCUUGCAUAAUCAAAGUUCUGAGUUAUAUGUAUCUGAGUGGCAAUCUAGCCAAGCCAUCAUUGCUACCUGCAGAACCUCUUAGAGACUGUAUCUGUCUGAGUAAUGGCUUUGUUGUCGCCUUUCCAACUUCCUGGUAAACCUGAGAAUAUUAGCUUUGCCAAAAUGCAGCUCAUAUAAUUUAUCUUCUAUGUAUAAUAAAACGACUUUACUACUA